AUGGCAUCACCAACAAGCUCCGCCCUAGCGCUCUCCCUCCUAACCAGCGUUGGCGGGAUAAUCGGCUACACACGGACUGGAUCCAUCCCCUCAAUCGCCGCCGGCGUAUCCGUCGGCCUCGUCUACCUCUUCGCAUUCCUGCGUCUGCGCGCCGGCCAAACCUACGGCGAGGAACUUGGGCUCCUGGCCUCGGCAGUGCUAGGCGGAAGCUCGAUCCCGCGUGUGAUCAAGACGGGUGGAAAGCCUGUUCCGCUCGUUUUGUCGGUGCUGGCUACUUAUGGGCUUUUUGUUUUUGGGGUUGCGUUUAGGGAGAAGAGGGCGUAG